AAGCCCUUCUGACGCUGUUACUACUAUCAGGGCUCGCAUAUCUCUUAUAUCGCAAAUGCCUAAAGACUCGGUCUUUGAGACUUUGAGAGAGACUCUCGCUCAUUAACACAAACAGGUUAGCUUAGCCAAAGGAGAGAGAAGAAAGAGACACUGUGACGGAGCACUAGCAGCAUCCUGGCAGUUCCCUUGGCGCUCAUGAGCUCAUGAAACUGGUCCAUGCAGCUAAUAUGCAUCGCCUGGGGGUUUGCCGCGGAUGUCCCAGCAGAGUUGCAUUCUGUGUCCUCGUAUGCUGGGGAUGCUACAGUACUCAUCACUUGCUGCGUUCGUUCCGAGUCUCAAUUUACGAGAACAGUACCAUGGCAGUGGGAUGGCUAGGGUUGGGCAAAAACCCGGUAUGGCUCGUCUUGACUCCUCCUCCACACUCAGCUCCAAAGAAUCGACCCGGCUGACUUGGCGGGCUGCACGAAGAAACCAGAAGAGAAUGGACAAUCUGCGGACCAAGAUUCUUACUAGCACUACCCAUUCCAUAUGCCUGGACCCGCUGGGGUCUCCAAUUCCACAUGUCCCAAAUGAAACAAACGUGGUGUGCGGCGCCGCUGGUCAUUUUUUUCUUACUUCAUCCUGGACAAAGGCUGCAGUAGUGCUGCACUUGCGCAUACACAUGCAGUCGUCACAAAAGAAACUAAGAAUCAAAAAGAAUCUGGAAUGCAGCUUAAUGUGGCAUAGCAUCUACGCCUGGCUAUGUGGCGUCCCUAGAGCUCGCUGAGCUACACCAUUUCGAUAUAUCUCCGCCGUCUUAGCUGCAUGCAUCAUCUCGGCCUUGGGGGCUACGGUGACCAUUUACAAGACGCAGCUCUGCUAUUGCUAUUCCUGGCAGCAGCGUCGCAGGCGGAAGCCGGCUCGGUUCUCCUACAUAGCGUGAAGCGCUUGGGGGCAAUUCCGCGACGUAUCAGUUGCCAGAGAACGUCUUUACCACCCUUC